CUCUUCACUUGAAAUGUUGAUUAUAAACUGAAGGUAUUGUUUAUUUUUCUGUGUUUGUGUUUAAUUUUUAGAUUAUUUAACCAGAAAUGGAACAGCUCAUUCCAAUAGUCAACAAAUUACAAGAUGCUUUUUCCACCCUGGGUGUUAGUUAUGCAUUUGAUUUGCCCCAAAUUGCGGUGGUUGGUGGUCAAUCAGCCGGUAAAUCCAGUGUCUUGGAAGCUUGUGUUGGACGAGAUUUUUUGCCCCGUGGAUCGGGUAUUGUCACUCGACGUCCGUUAAUUCUUCAAUUGAUACAUUCGAAUAUGGAAUAUGGUGAAUUUCUUCAUUGUCGAGGUAAAAAAUUUACUGAUUUUGAUGGUAUCAGGAAAGAGAUUGAAGAUGAAACAGACCGAGCAACUGGAAACAAUAAGGGGAUCUCACCUGUACCCAUUAAUCUUCGUGUUUACUCCCCUCAUGUUCUCAAUUUGACCCUUAUCGAUUUACCUGGAUUAACCAAAGUUCCAGUUGGUGAUCAACCAGCGGACAUUGAAACUCAAAUCCGUGAGAUGAUUUUACAAUUUAUUAGGAAAGAAACAUGUCUCAUCUUAGCUGUUACAGCAGCUAAUCAAGAUCUUGCUACAUCAGAUGCACUUAAAAUGGCUAAAGAGGUUGACCCAGAGGGUUUAAGAACCAUCGGUGUAAUCACCAAACUUGAUUUGAUGGAUGAAGGAACCGAUGCUAGAGAUAUUUUGGAAAAUAGAUUAUUACCUCUUCGUCGAGGUUACAUUGGUGUUGUCAAUCGAAGUCAAAAAGACAUCGAUGGUAAGAAGGAUAUUCGAGCAGCCAUGGAAGCAGAGAGAAAUUUUUUCCGAACCCACCCAGCAUACAGAGACAUGGUUGAUCGUUUGGGUACUCAACAUUUACAAAAAGUUUUGAAUCAACAAUUGACAAACCACAUUCGAGAUACACUUCCAUCGCUUCGAGAUAAAUUACAGAAACAGUUUUUCACUCUUGAGAAGGAGGUUGAAGAGUACAAAAAUUUCCGCCCCGAUGAUCCAACUCGUAAAACAAAGGCAAUGUUACAAAUGAUUCAACAAUUACAAAAUGACUUUGAACGUAACAUUGAGGGUAGUGGUUCAGCUGCCAUUAAUACUUCAGAACUUUCCGGUGGUGCAAGGAUAAAUCGACUUUUCCAUGAGCGUUUCCCCUUCGAAAUUGUAAAAAUGGAAUUCGAUGAGAAAGAAUUGAGACGAGAAAUCGCCUAUGCUAUUCGAAAUAUUCAUGGUAUUCGAGUGGGUUUGUUCACCCCUGACAUGGCAUUCGAAGCGAUUGUCAAAAAGCAAAUCGAAAGGUUGAAAGAACCUUCACUUAAAUGCGUUGAUUUAGUCAUUAUGGAACUUGGAAAUGUUGUUCGUAGGGUCACCGAACGAAUGAAAAAAUACCCAAGACUCAGGGAGGAAACCGAAAGAAUAAUAACUACUCAUGUAAGGGAACGUGAACAAAAGACUAAGGACCAAUUACUGUUAUUGGUAGAAGUCGAAUUGGCUUAUAUGAAUACCAAUCAUGAAGACUUCAUUGGCUUCACAAAUGCACAACAAAGUGCUGACAAUACUAAUCCAAAGAGAAAACUUGGGAAUCAAGUUAUCCGAAAGGGAUACAUGUGUAUACACAAUCUUGGCAUAAUGAAAGGAGGUUCUCGAGAUUAUUGGUUCGUUUUGACGAGUGACAGUCUUUCUUGGUAUAAAGAUGAAGAAGAGAAAGACAAAAAGUACAUGUUACCACUGGACGGUCUUAAACUUCGUGAUAUCGAAAGUGGUUUCAUGUCCCGACGACACACUUUCGCUCUUUUCAAUCCCGAUGGAAGAAAUGUUUACAAAGAUUUCAAAUACCUUGAGUUAUCAUGUGAAUCACAGGAAGAUGUUGAAUCAUGGAAAGCGUCUUUCUUGCGAGCUGGUGUUUAUCCUGAAAAAGCUUCAGCGGAGAGUACAAACGGUGAAGAAACUGCGGCUGAAGAUGUUUCCUCUCUUGAUCCUCAAUUGGAACGUCAAGUUGAAACGAUCCGUAAUCUAGUUGACUCGUACAUGAAAAUAGUAACCAAAACAUUCCGCGAUCUAGUACCUAAAAUUAUCAUGCAUCUGAUGAUCAAUAACGCCAAAGUCUCUCCUCCAUCCUCAUCAUCUAUGAAUGAAAUACUAUCAAAGUUUAUGGAUUUCGACGAUAUUAGGAAAGAGAUCGAAAAUGAGACAAAUCGAGCAACUGGAAACAAUAAGGGGAUCUCACCUGUACCCAUUAAUCUUCGUGUUUACUCCCCUCAUGUUCUCAAUUUGACCCUUAUCGAUUUACCUGGAUUAACCAAAGUUCCAGUUGGUGAUCAACCAGCGGACAUUGAAACUCAAAUCCGUGAGAUGAUUUUACAAUUUAUUAGGAAAGAAACAUGUCUCAUCUUAGCUGUUACAGCAGCUAAUCAAGAUCUUGCUACAUCAGAUGCACUUAAAAUGGCUAAAGAGGUUGACCCAGAGGGUUUAAGAACCAUCGGUGUAAUCACCAAACUUGAUUUGAUGGAUGAAGGAACCGAUGCUAGAGAUAUUUUGGAAAAUAGAUUAUUACCUCUUCGUCGAGGUUACAUUGGUGUUGUCAAUCGAAGUCAAAAAGACAUCAACGGUAGAAAAGACAUUCACUCAGCCAUGGAAGCAGAGAGAUAUUUUUUCAGAACUCAUCCCGCUUACAGUGACAUUUACGAUCGAUUGGGUACUCAACAUUUACAGAAAGUUCUAAAUCAACAACUGACGAACCAUAUUCGAGAUACUCUUCCAUCGCUUCGAGAUAAAUUACAAAAACAACUUUUUUCACUUGAAAAAGAUGUCGAAGCUUAUAAAAACUACCGACCCGAUGAUCCAACUCGUAAAACAAAGGCCAUGUUACAAAUGAUUCAACAAUUACAGAAUGACUUUGAACGUAACAUUGAGGGUAGUGGUUCAGUUGCCAUUAAUACUUCAGAACUUUCCGGUGGUGCAAAGAUAAAUCGACUUUUCCAUGAGCGUUUCCCCUUCGAAAUUGUAAAAAUGGAAUUCGAUGAGAAAGAAUUGAGACGAGAAAUCGCCUAUGCUAUUCAGAACAUUCAUGGUAUUCGAGUUGGUUUGUUCACCCCUGACAUGGCUUUCGAAGCGAUUGUCAAAAAGCAAAUCGAAAGGUUGAAAGAACCUUCGCUUAAAUGUGUCGAUUUAGUUAUCACUGAAAUCGGAAACGUUAUUCUCCUUGUUACUGAACGAAUGAAAAAAUAUCCAAGACUCAGGGAUGAAUGUGAACGAAUCAUAACUUCUCAUAUAAGGGAACGUGAACAAAAGACUAAGAACCAACUACUUUUGUUCAUCGAUGCUGAAUUAGCUUAUAUGAAUACUAAUCACGAAGACUUCAUCGGCUUCACAAAUGCACAACAAAACGUGGAAAAUAUUAAUAUCAAUUCAAAGAAAAAACUUGGAAAUCAAGUCAUUCGAAAGGGUUAUAUGUACAUUCACAAUCUUGGGAUAAUGAAAGGAGGUUCUCGAGAUUAUUGGUUCGUUUUGAUGAGUGACAGUCUUUCUUGGUUUAAGGACGAAGAAGAGAAAGACAAAAAGUUUAUGCUUCCAUUGGAUGGACUUAAACUUCGUGAAAUCGAAAGUAACUUUAUGUCUCGAAGACACUCAUUCGCUCUAUUCAAUCCCGAUGGAAGUAACGUUUACAAAGAUUACAAGUAUCUUGAGUUAUCAUGUUCAUCGCAAGAAGAUGUUGAAUCUUGGAAAGCGUCUUUUCUCCGAGCGGGUAUUCAUCCUGAGAAAGUUUCGGCGGAGGGUACAAACGGUGAAGAAACUAACACCGAAAAUGUUUCCUCUCUUGAUCCUCAAUUGGAACGUCAAGUUGAAACGAUCCGUAAUCUAGUUGACUCGUACAUGAAAAUAGUAACCAAAACAUUCCGCGAUCUAGUACCUAAAAUUAUCAUGCAUCUGAUGAUCAAUAACGCCAAAGAUUUUAUCUACUCGGAAUUACUGGCAAACCUUUACGCUGCAGGGGAUCAGACAAUGUUGAUGGAAGAGAGUCCAGAAGAAGAGAGAAAGAGAGAUGAGCUACUUAAAAUGUACCAUGGAUGUAAAGAAGCGCUUAAAGUCAUUGGGGAUGUUUCGAUGGCGACAACUUACUCACCACCACCACCGCCGGUUAAAGAUGACUGGUUAAGACAAUCGCAACCAACACCACCUUCACCCGUAAGUGUCCCGAGAAACACUCAAACAAAUAGACCUUCGCCCGCUCCUCCUGGACGACCAGCACCAACUAUGCCUGGAAGAGGUGCUCCAAGUGCGAGAGGAAGUGCUCUUCCUCCUCCACUUAUCCCAUCUCGACCAGCACCACCGACGAUUCCACAACUGCCUGUCAGGCCGGUUCCUAAUCGACAUGAGUAUUCUUGGUAGAGAAUAUCGUUCUUGGAUCCAUCGCUAAAAUAGAUUGAUUGAUAAAAGAAGAAAAAAUGUCAGCACUCACGUUGUAAACUGAAAAUCGCAAUAUUUUUCGUCUUAUUAUUUGUUGUGGUGAUUGUAACUUACGAUUAAUUUAAUGUACAUUUAAUUUGGUUUCCAUUAAGAAUGUUUAAUCAGUUGAUUGUGAAUAAACAACUUAUUUUGUAAAUUA